GGGGCCGCCGAGAAGCUAGGGCGCCGAGACGCCCCCUGCCCAGUCCUCGCAGGCCGUCAGGCCCCCUCCAGCCGGGGCCGUGGAGCACCGGGGCAAAGGCCGGGGCCCCCCCAUGAAGGAGCGCGACGCGGCCCCGGCCGAGCGGGGCAAGCCGGCCACCUAUACCGGGGACAAGAAGGCGAAGAUGGCGGCCAAGACCAACAAGAAGUGGGUCCGGCUCGCCACGGUGUUCGCCUACGUGCUCUCCGUGUCGCUGGCCGCCAUCGUACUGGCCGUCUACUACAGCCUCAUCUGGCAGCCGGUGGGCGCCGGGACCUCGGGGGGAGCCGCCGGCCCGUCCCACAGCGUCUCCAACGCCACCGGCCCGUCUGGGACUUCGGGGGCGGCGGCGGGGUCCAACACCACCAGGUCGUCCCACAGCGAGGCGCCACGCGACGCUCCCCCACUGCAGGCGGAGAGGCCGGCGCCCCCGGAACCCGCUGCAGACAACCCGCUAGUCGGGCCUCUCGAGCGGCCGCGGGGGCCGGAUGAGGACGAAGAGGAAGCGGCCGCGGCGCCCCGGAGUCGUUGAGCCUCUCCGCGUUGGGGGCGGUCGGGAAUCUUCGGCCCCCAACCCACAGGCUGGACUUUGCGGCAGGACCGGCUCCGGAGCCCUCCGGAGUGACCCCUACGCGAGCGAACGCCCCCACACACCUCAGCGGUCGCCAGCUCACCCCGGGAGCGGGUAACGCACAACCGGACCAGCCAAGGGACCACGAUUCGCCGGGGACUCGGGGUUUGAUCUUUCCAGCACCCGUGCUGCGCCAGGGCCCAGAGCCAUAAGGGGAGCUGGGGGUGGG